ACCGUCUCCAGCGAGGCAAAAGGUUAUAUGGCGGCCCCUCCAUCGAACGGUAUUUUGCGAGCUGCGUCCAAGACAUCUCCUGCACCCGAUGAGUUGGUAACACUUUCAGUUUCUUUGGUGGGUUCUAGCAGGCCGGCCGUAUUCGUAACCCGUAACGUGUUACGUUGCGUCUGAUCUCGUAUCAAUACGCGCUAAAUUUUCCGACGAUUCUUUUGACUCGGUAGCCGGUGUUGUUUCCCGUUGUAUCUCUGUGGAUGAUCUUUGGUUUAUGGUUCUUCCGUUAGCCAUUCGACGAGAGGUGCAAAUUGGAAAUCUUCAAGACCUUGGAGGAAUGCUCAUAUCGGACAUAGGCCUGAACCGAAAUCCCUGAGAUAUGGUGAGAUGGCUAGAACCACAAAAAGAAACGGAACCACCCGAUCGCCUCCUGAUGGGUCCUUUGAAGGUACCCGUGGGCAAGGGCGAGAUCACAGACGACCCCCUGGCGACCAUAGAUGCCACGAUAUCGAACAAACGUCAGAUUUAUUCCGUCAGCAGGUCAGUGAUGUUACCUAGAAUCUCAAUCAACAAGUCUACGCCUGAGGGGGUGCCACAGUAUACUUUUUCUGGUGGAGGGGUGAACCCCCUCUUCAAGGAAAAUAUGCCCUACAUAGACACCUACAGGAAGCCCAAGAGAAAUGGCUUCACCAACAGGCAGCCUAGGCAGAACUCCUUCACGUCUGCCGAUAAGUCAGGAUCUUCGGGAUACGGAAGCAGCAGGAUAAGCAGCAACUUCGAUCCCCUGUACGAAAGAGUUCCAAGGGACCCAGAUGCUGUCCUCAUCGUAGAACAAAACCCAAAUUUCGUGAAAUCCAUUCGGAUUUGCAGACAAAAAGACGCGAAGAACUCCGUGCCAUCGUCAGGAUCUGGUUCAUCCUCUGGAACCCUCAAUACUAUACCGGAAGGCAAGGUGGAUCUGACCAGACCCAAGAACAUCUGGCCCGAACAAGAUGAGAAGAGGUUGGAGCACUACGAUUCUUUGGUGGACGACGCCCUCUUGUUGUACACGAGCUUGAGUUACAUGCCGGAGAUCGAGAAGCAUUCCCUUGGCGUGCAGAUAUCAGUCACUGAAUUGCUGGUCGACAUAUUGAAACACGUGAAUUCUGCGUUGGAAGGUCAAACGGACAGGAACCCAGAAGACGUCCUGAAGAUUGUCACGAACAAGAUCAGUUUGGGUUUGGAGGUGUUGAAGAACAGCACUGAGGAGGACAUGAGGAAGCUCUGCGUCAACUUGAGGAACUGCAAAAAGGUGAAUUCCGUCUUGCGAGCCUUCGGAAACUCAAAUUCUUCCUCAACAUCCGGCGAAUGGAGCAGCAAUAAGGCUAGGAGUACUUCCCCAGACAUCGAUGAUAAUUACGAUACUCAUUUUUCGUCUCCUUCGAGCAGUGCUUUCAGUGAUUCGGUGAAAGAUCAUUCGGACCCUAAUUUGGACUACGAUCAUCCGCAGGAUUUUGGAAAUUCGCGCGGGAGUCUACAGGGUGACUCUAAAUCGAAAUCGUGCUCGAUCAGGGCUGUGAAUGAUGGGAAACCUUCGGUUUGGGAACAGUAUUACGGUGUGAAAGCUGAUGAUGGAAUUGAGGUCCAAAAAGUUGUGCCAAAACCUACUGAUGUGCCAAUAUUUCCCGGUGGAAGACCAGAGGCGGACUUCACCCUGGACGUCCCUAGAUCGGAGCACCUUUCCAAGAAGAUGAGGGAAGACAAAAAAUGGCGGUUCAGAUGCCGCGUCCUCACAGGAUUCCUCGGUCUGGUGUUCUUCCUCCUCUCUGUGAUGGCCGUUAGUCUGAUGUUGACCAGGGGGAAAAGAAUGUUCGGCUCUAUGAUGUGAUAUUAAUUAGAAGAAAAAAAUUGAUGAAUCAGAACCAGUCCCAACUUCGAGACUUUGAAAGUUGAGAGGGUCGAAUAUAAUAAUGUUAGGAGAAGUAUGAAAUAUAAGAUUAAGGAUGACAGAUUAUUUUAAAUAAUUCAACUCAAUGGUUCAGUUGAGGUUUGCUCGUAUCACUUGACUCACGUGAACUUAAAAUUUCAAUCACUUAGGUACUAUUACCAGUCCAAAAUUUAUCGGACCUUGUUUAUACUCAAUCGGGUUAGAAAUGUUGAAAGAAAUAUAGUU